UCUAUGGUUGCGGUAAUCCGGUGUGCGGCCGACUGAACCUGAAGUCAGUGGUAGGUUUGACCCUGUAGCCCCUGAAAAACGGCACUAUUUAAACACACAUUGUGCUUUGCGACCGAGCAGGGCGUGUGGGGAUAAUACCAUGGUGGACUGACAUGUUGUUAGGACCAGAGGCGUUUUGCACAACGCUCCUCCUGAGAGCUAGUUUUGUUAUGGAUGUUGUUGCACCGGGUGCUGCUGGAUGAACACCGAGCAGAGUCUGCUUCAAAGGCCGCCUAACUAAACCCUCAUAGUCGGGUUUAGUUACAGCCUGCCUCACACAUUCCUGCUGAGAGUGAGACCCAACCCGGCUUCACGGUGGAAACCAGAAGAAGAGCAAAGAUGAAUGCUGUGCGGGGGGGCACAGUCACCUGGCGCCCCCAGCCGUGGCAGGACGGGGACGGCGGGGGAGGAGAGCCUCUGUCGGACAGCGACUCAGAGGAGGAGGACUUCCCCGACGACAGCACCACCCCGCUGGGAGACUACAUCACACACGGAUUGAAGCAGCUCCUGGAUGCUCAGCAACUGUGUGAUGUUACUCUUCUUGUGGAGGGGAAGAAGUUCAUGUGUCACAGAGUGCUGUUGGCAGCGGUGAGUCCGUAUUUCCGGGCGAUGUUCACCAGCCCUCUGGUGGAGUCCCGCCUCACUGAGAUCCGACUGGAGGAAGUGACGCCGUCCGUCAUGGAGACGGUGAUCCAGUUUGUUUACACCGGUGAGGCGGGGCUGUCUCUGGACACGGCUGAGGAUCUGUUUGUGGCCGCCAACCGGCUUCAGGUCAUGCCCCUUCAGGACCUGUGCUCCAGGUUUCUGUUCGAGCACCUCUCGGUGGAUAACUGUCUGGGGAUGUACUCUCUGGCUCGCUCCCACCACGACCAGCUGCUGCUGCGCGCCACGCUGCGCCUCGUAGCCCAGCACUUCCCCCGGGUGGCCCGUCAGAAGGACUUCCUCCUGCUGGACCACGGCACGCUGGGCAGCCUGCUGAGCUCCGACCGGCUGGGGGUGGACUCCGAGGCGGAGGUAUAUGACGCGGCACGGCGCUGGGCAGAGCACCAGCCUUUACAUCGUUACGUCCACAUGCCGGCUCUGCUCCACCACCUGCGUCCGGGGCUGCUGUCCCAGGAAGAGAGCCGCAGACUCUGCCAGGAGCUGGGCCCCGCUGCCGCUGGCGAGGGCCUGGGGGGGCCUCUGAGGCCACGGGAGGGCAUGUUUGAGAAGAAGAUCGUCUGCGUGGACCUGACGCCUCGGGAGGACGAGAGCGCGGCCUCCAGAGACUUCACCGUGGACUGCUUCGACCCCCGGACAGGGAAGUGGGAGAAGCUGGCCGCGCUGGGGUCCCUGGUGAGCCCCGGCUGCACGGCUGUAGGGGACCGGCUGUUUGUGGCGGGGGGGAUCCUGAGGACCGGCUCUGUGUCUGCAGCGGUGCACGAAUACGACGCCGUGCUGGACCGCUGGAUAGACCGGCCCCCCAUGGUGCAGCCGCGGGCGAUGCUAGGCCUGCUGGGCUGCGGGGAGGCCAUCUUUGCGCUGGGGGGGAGUAACCGCUCCGCCCUGCUGGACUCCAGCGAGACUCUGGAUCUGUCCACGCUCCAGUGGGCCCCGGGGCCUCGCCUGCCACUGCCACUGCGAGCCUUCGCCUGUGCGGCGCUGCGGGGGCGGCUUUACCUCCUGGGGGGGACCACGCUGGAGCAGAACCGGGCCGUGGUGCACUCGGGGGUGCUCGUCUAUCACACCCUCACAGACUGCUGGACUCGCGUGGCUCUGGACUCCGGGGCCACCUGCCUUGCCGGGGGGGUCGCGGUGCGGGGGGGUGUCUGCGCCAUCGGGGGAUACAUGAGGGACACCACCAAGUUCCUGGACGGAAACUACACCAACCUGGAGACUUUGGACGCCACGGGGCGGGUGCUGUUCUUUAGAGAGGGCCGGGGGUCCGGAGCAGAGAGGGAGGUAACCGGAGGGGGGGUGAUGGUCAGCGCAGAACAGCGGGGGGGUGCGGGCGGUGGGAGCGACCGUGCCCCGAGCCCGGUGGUGUUUCCCGGGCUGCCGCGGCGGAUUGCGGCGGGGGGCGUGGCCCGGUGGAAGCGCAGGAUUUACGUGCUGGGGGGGGAGAACGGAUCGCGGUUCUACGACAGCGUUUACUGCUGGAAGCCCGGCUGGCGCAGCUGGGUCCAGAGACGAGAGAAACUCCCCGGGGACACGGGGGGGGUGAGCCAGUUCGGGUGCACCACUUUAAAGUUCCCCAAGAAACACAUCCUGUCCAGACUGAGACUCGCCAAAGACAACUGCAAGAAGCCGGACUAGCUCCACAGGGACCAGCUGGAGACCAGGCAGCUGAUCAUGUGACUCCAGGAACCAGAUCCUCCUAACCUCACGACAUGUUGAGGUGGAGAUGAACAGGAAGAGGCCAUUUUCUACAGAGUGCAGCACACCGUCGGCCUUUUAUUGACGAGACACCGUCAUUAGAUCCUGUGUUUUUAGGGCGGUCCGAUCAGAUGUCAUGCAGGGGGGGGGGCAGGUGGAGAUAAAAACCAGUUGACAGUCAGGCAAUACGCACCUGAAUGUAACCUUAUCCACAAAUAGUAAAGUCCUUUCACAGAGAAAAGGACCUUUUUAAAAAUAUUUGAUUCUUAAAGUGCAAUGUUAUUUUCAGCGUUUUCUCACGGCUGUGAAGUUUGAGUUCAGACACAAGGACACAUACCGCACUAUUCUGACCCUGAUGUGUCCCACUUUAUUGUCCUAUCGCUGUUUUCUUUAACAACGGCCUUUUAAAGCCAUGUGAAACUUCAUGUAAGGGCUGUACAGAUAUCCUUUACUUGAGUAUAAACCUAUAAAAAGCAACAUAUUGUUCAUAAACCAGCCGACCGUUUUUUAUUUUUAAACCCUAUUGCAUGAUAGAAACACACAAGGCUUGGGUGUCUCAUUAACACAAACAGCCGUUCAGAAUAUAAGUUAAGAAUCUACAUUUUAAAACAAACAAACUGUAUUUUUGUGUAUUAAUGCAUUCAUAACGCGUUGAUCCAGGCCCUCAAAACCCCAAAUAUACAGUAGCAGCCAACACAUCAGAUUAACUCAGUGUUCUUAAAUGCUCUGAUGAGGGGAAACGUCUGCAGAUAAGUCAUCAGGAUACGAAGAUUAAAGAUAGCCACACCACACCACGAUCUUCCAGGUUAAAAUAUAGGAUAACGUGUGCUUUGAAUAUACAGCGUUGUUCAGUGAGGGAAGGGGGGGGGUUAAAUGUGUCAGUGUCGUUGUGUCUGAACUCUCCUGAAGUUCCAUGUUUCUGCAGCCGUGUGAAAAUGACUUUAUUUUAUUCCCGUUGCUCCGGCCGCAGAGCUGGUGAAUGUGUUUGGAGGUUAUGAAUUAUUUGAGCAGUGCACCUAAUUUAUUAAGACGUAUUUCUAAGGUUUUCGUUGUUGUUUUGGAACCUUAUGUUGCUCUGACUGCAGGGCUGCAGGGCGGGAAUGUAAGCGCAGAUCUGCGAGGGUUUAAAGUCAUUCUUAAAUUCUGACUCGAUGAAAGGUCAGAGAGUUUGCCCACACUUGUUCAGCACAUUGUUUUUGCUGUUAGCCACUACAUUUAAUCUUGUCUGCGGGAGAAAUCUGCAAACACAAAUCCAGUGCUGGCAUCAGGUUGCAAACAGGGCUAGAAAACAUAUGGAUAUUUCUCCAAACAUUCCUCAAACUUAAAUUUGGAACAUUUCUUGGGAAUUUUGUUUAGUUAAUUCACUCUCAUCUGGCUGAGUUGACCUCACCAUCCUAACAAUACGUUUCUGAUUCAGUUUGAAUACUUUUAUUAAGAAGGAAACAGGAAGUGCGUCGUCAAUAGCAAGGAAGGAUUUUCUCUGUCAUUGAAAUAAGACACUUAUUAAAAUCCUUCAUCUCCCUCCAAAAAGACCCAAAUCUGACUCUUCAUACAUUAAAUCUGCUUUUCUGUUUCCCUGCCGCUAGAACUUUUCAUAAUUUUCCAACUUUUAAAACGUAAUGCAACGACGCCCUUGAGAACAGAAGAGGAACUUCCCUAUGUUUCCCAGCGAACAGCAGAUGUUUAGUCAUGUUAUUUCUCCCCAGCUAUCACUAAACACUUUUGUUACAACAUCCGUCACUUUCUUAGUUUUUCAUUUAACAUGUUCUGAAUUUUCCGAUGUAAAAUGAGAUGGGCUUUUUUUCCUUUUGUUGGUGUGCCAUGUGAAAGGUCUGUGCGUGUGCGUGUGCGUGUGUGUGUGUGUGAGCAUGUUUUCUAUUCUGAGGCGUAAAUCUGUUCUUCGCACACAUCCAAACCCGUGUCCAGGGACGUGGAGCUGCCCUCAUUUAGUACAAUCGGACCAUGUUUGUUAACUGAAACGCAAAUGGAUGUUUUGCAGAGAAGCCCUGCUGUCUAAUGAUUAAACGACUGUUUGCUAAGUCUGCUUUUCACUUGUGAAUUUUCUUUACAAAUGCACUGACUUUUGGAUGUUUAGGGCAGCUUUUUUGUGCCCAAAAUACAUUAAAAUCCUGUGAAACAUGAUGACUGUCAACCCUGUUUUUCAGGGUGUUAAUAAUUACUCUAUUUAAUAAACUGCUGACACUUAGUCACCGCUGA